AUGCACAUCAGAACAUGCAGCAGAGUGCUGGACAUCAUGCAUCAAACCUUAUACAGAGAUGACAGGCCUCAUGUCCCACGAACAACAUUUCAACAGCCUUUAUCUUGCCCCAUCACCACCGCCAGUUACUGCAACGUCGAUUCCUUCAAAAUGUUCAAGAAAGCAUCUCAUUUGAAUUUUGGAACUGCGAACUUGAGCAUUGUCCACGGAAAUCAGAACGUCAAUACGUACUACCUGCAGCAUGCACAUCAAGUACCUGGUCCGGGGGAGGAAGAAUGGAAAGUGAAGUUGUAUCAGGAGUAUGACCGAUUUCCUGCAGGGAGAAUCAAGAUCCUCAAAACUUUCACUGAAAAUCCAGUUCUACGACGAGAAUAUGAAGAUGAUCCAGAAAAUCUCAGUUGGAGGGAAGGACGGGAGAGGUCGAGAGCGAAACGGACUGCACAUCUGGCUUGUCUUGUCCAAGGAGUGAAAGAGUCUUUGCCGCUCUUGAGUAUAAUUUACACUGGACCUGAUGCGCAGAAGGUAUUCAAGCGGGAUUGCCUCAGGUAUUCACGAAACCGAUACGCCAAUGUCGUACAGCUACGAGGUUUUAAUGACUCGGAUAUUCCGAUGGUCCUAUUUCACGAAGAACUUAUUCCAGUACAACAUAUUCAACGGCACCAUCAAUUCUCAACAGCUCUGCAAUGUUAUCUCUCUUUCCAAGCCUCCAUCGCAAAGAAAAACCUGCCUGAAUGGUGUCCGACGCAGCGGAAUUCAUAUCACUGGUACAAUGUGUGGAUUCAACCAAGAAAUGGAAGAGUAUCUUUCGGCCCAGAGGGACCCUGGCCUGGUUACUUUUACGUCGACGAUCAUUCUGACUGGCAGCUCGAAAGUUGCUCAGACAAUCCGGUUCUUCACCCUGCGACGUACAGCGCCGAUUGUAUCACCGAGUACCUGAUCAAAUAUUGCCCGGAUCACAUCUUCUUGGAGAUUUUCGCGUCCACAGGCACAUCGAGCGACAUGGAUCUAAAAAUAGAACGAUGUCCGCGUCAUACAUGUCAAGUUUGGACUCGUUCUUCUGGCCGACCGUUUGCAAGAUUCCAGGCCCGAUGGAAGCGCAAAGUAGAGUAUCCCAUAUUUAGCGAGGAUCUCGACCCAAUCACGAUGGAAGAUGGAAGGAGACGCUUUUCUAUAAAUUCGACAACUCGGUUGAGGCAAGGAGAAUUCCUUUGCUGGUUCGAAUAUGAAAUGGAUAUGCCACGGCGUCAGCAAUAUUUGGUUUGGCUAUCCCAAGCAUGCAGCAUUUUCAGCACACUGAAUAUUCCAAAGCAUGAAUGGGCAGACUACGAACUCAUGCACUCGAUUGACUUGAACCUUCGUCUUGGCACUUUUGAUUCUGAGGUCAAAGACAGCUUUGAUUUGAUUGCCCCCAAAAUUGACAAUCAUCAAACUGAUUAUUGCUAUCUGUUUUUACACCCGCCACCGCAUUUUCUUGAUGGAUCUCCUGACAUACAUGCUUGGAGAUCACGGAAGGACUUCUACUAUUACUCCCAGGAUCCUGAUGGGAAAUCGGUCAUGGCAGAAUACCAACUUUUGUCGUUUCGGAUCCCUUCCAUUGUUCCAAGUGUUUUAGUUUCCACACACUCCUGGGACGCCGAUGUAUACGACUUAAUCUCGGUUUGGCAAGAGAGGAAAGGCUCUGAUCCCACCACAACCGAUUUCGCUCGCAUGGAAGUAAUAUAUUCCGGCGUGGAUGAUUGGCACUUUGAGGAUCUCUCCGAAGAUAUGGACUCAACGUCAUAUACAGACAGUGUCGUUACUGGAGACGACGGAUCCAUGGACGUAGACUCGCCGACGCCUUAUUCCCACUUACAACCUGGUAUCAGUUCAGUGUUCGAGGACGUGGAGAUGAUGGCAGAUGUCUCCUUCUCCACAGACACGGGCAUGGAAGUGGACUAA